UACUCUCUGGUGUUAAAUUUAAUAGUAUUAUAAUAAUUUGAAAGUUAUACUAAUGCAAAAAUAAGAUGCCACCAAAGUCUAAUUCGAAAAAAACCUUGUGGGUCGAGUGUGAAAAGUGUAAAUGCACUUUACCGAGUAACGACAAAAAUGUACAUGUUGGGUUGAACUGUGCUAAAGAUCAAGUAAAAUGCCCAUUUGUGGAGGACGAAGUGCUGUACACUUGGUUAGAACGAACGAGCAAUCCUCCAGAAAACGCUCCGUUAGAUUCGGUGCUAAUACAUCCUUCUGCGGGAAGUCUGAUCAAUGCUGUAAUCGGAGGUCCUUUGGAAUUAAUAAGAGAUGGAUCUCCAACUCUUGUCAAACGUAUGUGGCCCUCAAAGGCAUCAUCGCCGGCAGCUGUUAUAUUACCCGCCGCAGGAUUAUGUGGAGGCUGGUGUGAUGACAACAAAAAAGUAACAGUUAGGGUCCUUAAAGAAACAGUUAAUAAGGCAACAUGCAUUUCAGUUAAAAUUAGAAAUCACAAAAUAAAUACAGACAUAAGUGAUAUACUAAAAGAAAACUUUAAAGACCAGUAUAUCAGUGUAAAGUCGACCUUGGUGUAUUAUUAUUUUGGCAAAAAAUUAGAAAUAGAAGUAACUGAUUUAAAAUAUGAGAGAACUGCAGCUAGUGAUGCAACAGAUUGGUGCAUCUUGAAUGAUAAAACAGUUUGGAAUAUAGAUAAAGAGGAACUGCAAAAAACUAAAAGAAAACCUCAAAUACUGGGUGGGGUUGAUGAUAUAAUUGAAGAAAUAAAAACAUUAAUAAACUUGUCUUUUCAAACAGAAGGUUUUGCUGCAAAUUUUCAAACAACAAAAAGUCUUUUGCUCUAUGGUCACUCCGGAAUUGGGAAAACAGCAAUUUGCAAAUAUCUUGUGGAAAAUUUAAACUGCAAUCAUAUUGAGAUAAAUGGCCCUGGAAUAUUUAGUAAAUAUUUUGGUGAAACUGAGGCUACAUUAAAAAGUUUAUUCACCAAAGCAAUCACUAACGGGCCAAGUAUAAUCUUAGUUGAUGAAAUUGAAAGCAUUUGUCCUCGUCGGUCAAGCGGAAGCACAGAACAGGAGCGGAGAGUUACAUCUGCUUUUGUGUCACUUUUAGAUAAUUUACAUGAGCAGGCCUCUAGAGUAUUUGUUCUAGCCGCAACCAGAAAACCUGAAGCUAUUGAUCCAUCUUUGAGGAGAUUUGGCAGACUGGAUAAAGAGAUUGAGGUGCCUGUUCCAGAUAGAAUACGCAGAAAGGAGAUAUUGUACUCUCUUCUGAAAUGUUUACCAAAUAAAGUUUCCGUAAAUGAUAUUGAAUCUAUUUCAGAUUUAGCUCAUGGAUAUGUUGCAGCAGACAUAGUAAAUCUAUGUACACAAGCAGCUAUGAAAUGCAUAAAACGCAAUGAGUCUGAACUACAAAAGCAAGAUCUAGUAUGGGCUCUAACAGUGGUGAGACCGAGUGCAAUGAGGGAGUUACUUAUCGAAGUUCCUAAUGUAAGGUGGUCAGACAUAGGUGGUCAAGAUGAUUUGAAAAUGAAAUUGAGGCAAGCUGUUGAGUGGCCCCUCAAACAUCCGGAGUGCUUCCACAGGCUAGGCAUUCGACCUCCGGCAGGCGUUUUACUUUAUGGCCCACCAGGGUGUUCAAAAACUAUGAUAGCUAAGGCUCUCGCGACAGAAAGCGGUCUGAACUUUUUAUCCAUCAAAGGGCCUGAACUGUUUUCGAAGUGGGUCGGUGAAUCUGAGCGAGCAGUGAGAGAUCUAUUCACAAAAGCUCGUCAAGUGGCGCCAUCCAUAAUUUUCUUCGACGAGAUGGACGCGAUCGGCGGGGAGAGAGGCGCGGGAGAAGGGGGCGUACACGAGAGAGUAUUGGCACAACUUUUGACAGAGUUGGACGGGGUAGUUCCAUUGAAUUCUGUCACAAUAGUAGCUGCAACUAACAGGCCGGACAAGAUGGAUAGGGCUCUGCUCAGGCCCGGCCGAUUAGAUCGCCUCAUUUAUGUGCCCCUACCUGACUUUGAAACCAGACUACAAAUAAUAGAGUUAAAGCUGUCGAAAAUGAGUGUGAGCGAUGAUGUUAAUUCUCAUGUCAUAGCGACAAGGACUGAAGGAUUCUCUGGUGCUGAAAUACAAGCUCUAUGCCAUGAGGCAGCUCUGCGAGCAAUGGAGAAGGAUCUCGAAUGCUUACAAGUGACAAUGGAAAAUUUUGAACAUGUUCUAAAAGAUUUUAAGCCAAGAACACCAAAUUCACUUCUGAAAAUUUAUGAGGAGUUUGCUUUAAGCUAAUAAUAAUUAGAUCAAAUUAUUUGUAUAAGCAACUAGCUGUCCGUGAACUUCGUGUCACUUUAAAACCUUCCCUGGACUUCUACGAA